AUGAACCAACUUCCAUUCCAAGUUAUCCAGGCCUUAAUGAGCAAUAAAUACAAAAAAGAUGAAGGAGAAAAUAUGAUUAACAGUUUUUUCGAUCUACCCUUUGCUCUUGAAACAACCAAUAAGAGACGGGGAAGUCGAGAUGAGACGCCCCUUCACCUUCUAGAACUUGUGCGAGAAAAAUUUCUUCCUGACGAGAAGGAAUGUGGGAAAGGUCUAAAUGCUUAUAAUAAGGUCCUCCCUCGUCACUCCUUCGAUUCAGCAGCAGAACUUAAAGCAAAAGGAACACAUUUCAAGUCUAGCAGUACAUUUUGUCCAACAGACAUCAGCUUCACUUCGUUCUUUGGCUAUGGACAGUUGACACUUCCUCCUAUAGUACCUGCGUUUUCUUGA